UGUUUUGAAAUUUUGCAAAAACUAAAUACAAGUACUUACAUUUACAUAUGUACUUCAAUUUGAGAACAUUUAAACGUCGUCAUUAGCAACAGGAACAGAAGCAACGACAGGAGCAACAACAGAAGCAACAGCAGCAGCAGUUCGGCCUCACCAUGCAGCCGCAGCAGUACUGCCUGCGCUGCAAGUACCCCUACAGCAAGGCGCAGAUGAUGUUCUCGCAGCUGCUGGAUCGCGGCUGCUUCUGCGAUGUGACUCUGGCCUGCGAGGGACAAAUGAUACGCGCCCAUCGCGUGGUGCUGUGCGCCUGCAGCACCUUCUUUGAUUCGGUGCUCACGAGCUGUGCCAGCGAGCGGGAUCCCAUUAUAAUCAUGAAGGAUGUGACCUUUGCCGAGGUCAAGUGCCUCAUUGAGUUCAUGUACAAGGGGGAGAUCAAUGUGGAGCACGCCAGCCUACCGUCGCUGCUGAGGGCUGCCGAUGAACUGAAGAUCAAGGGUCUGGCCGGGGUGAGUUGGUGCGACGUUAUUCUCUGGCCUAUUCUCUCGCCGCCGCGCAGCCUGGCCGAGAGCUAUGCCCAGGACAUGCUGCAUCACCAGCAUCAGCAGCAGCAACAGCAACAGCAGCAACAGCCGCAGGCAGCGCUCCAAAUGGGUGCCACAUCAGCGAAGGAGAGUGUGCUUGGCCGCAUGCCACCGCAGACCCCACAGCCGGGAACAGAAACAGGAACAGGAGCAGGCAGCGAGCUGCGAGCUGCAGGCGGCCGUUGCACCCGUGAAACACUUUAUGGGACCGAAGCGCAUUGUCUACAUUUUCACCGCGACAGUCCCGCACAAUAACUAGGCCAUUCUGUCCGGCGAAUGCCAAGCUGUAGCGGCCCUCACAGGCCUUGCUGAAGCUCAAAUCCACCACAGAGUCUACGUGGCCCAUGAAGGGCGUUUUAAGCGGAAUAUUCAAAGCCAUUUUGGAUUCCGUUUGGUAUAGAUGUCGAGACAAAAAUAACUACGAAUUAUUUUAGAACUACUAAGGCUGCAUUUAUGCAAAUGACUUCAUUUACCAAUAGAUAUAAUAAUACAUUUAAGUCCACAAGUAGAUGCGUGAAAACGCUGCUUGUAAAAAACUAACAAAUGAUAGGCUAUUACUAAAAACAUAUGGCUGAUAUUUUAAUUAUAUAGAGCAAAACAAUGUUAAUCAGCCAUAUGCCCUAAAACAUAUCUUCAUAUUUCACUUAAAAAUAAUUUUUUUUGCGAAUACACAUAUGUAUACCCUAACUUUCAAAUUAAGAAUUUGUUUUUAUAAAUU